ACGACGCUAACAAAAUUGCUGUAUUCUUUUACGCAAAUAAAGUAUUUUAUGGGUAUUGGAUAAAAAUCAUAAUAUUAUCAUGGAGGAUAGAUUAAUUGAGGCCAUACAAAAAAGGCCCUGCUUGUUUGACAAAAAGUCGUUAAUGUAUCGCAACAAAUUGGCAAAAGAGCGGUCCUGGAAAUCGGUUUCACAAGUAGUUGGAGCUAGUGUUAAACAAUGUAAGGGACGUUGGCGUUCACUUCGCGAUCGUUACGUGCGUGAAAUGGCCAAGGCCAAAUAUUCAGACUCAGUGGGCAGACCAAAUUGGCGUUAUUUGAGACAAUUGUCAUUUAUAGAGAAACAUGUAACUCCCAGAAGAAGACUUUCGUACCUGGAUAAUACGGCAGAAGAUGAAGCCAAAGAACCCACUGAAUUCAUUUUUUCCGAAAUAGUUAAAGACACAAAAAGUGGUGCAUUUCAGUUGUCAAUCUCUAAGCGAUCGAAUCAGGAUGAAACCUGUGAAGAGGAGAUAUUGCCAAUGCUACAGGAAGUGGAACGCAGUGAGACACCGCCGAGACCGGAUACACCACCGAAAAAACGACAAAAAAUGCAAGAAAAUGCUCAUGAACGUUUUGAAAAGCUUUGUUCGGCCGUUACCGAUUUGAUCGAAAGCAAAAAACAAUCAUACAACAAAAGCCGCAAUGAAGACUUUUUAAAAGUAUUGGACGGUUAUUUGUUGAAACGUCCAGAGGAAGAACAGGACGAUUUAAAAGUGCGAAUAUUGAAUAUGGUACAUGUAAAUCCUUUAGAAUAAUGUAUAGUAAGCACUAUACAUCCAAGUUUUAUUAUUAAUUUUUUAUAUAAAUAUGUAGGUGUAUUACAAGUAAAUGAACUAAGAAAAUUCUUACUUUAGGGAUAUAAAGGACGAAAUUUUAGUUUAAUAAAAGAA